AGUGCUGGUCGAAUGUUCCUGCCCGUCUGAAGGCUACAUUCUCAGCCCACCUACUACAGGAGAACUCUCCUCCCACCUGCAGAUAAAAGCCAAGUGAAUGUUACCGGGAGCUGAUCAGAGCACUUUCCCAGUCCCUCACUGUCACAUGUCUGCAUCACACCUUUCACUUGGAUCUUGCAUCACUAAGCCUAGACCUGAGCCAUCACUUAUACACAUUGCAGGUUUGCAUCACAAGCCCGUCAAGAUAUAUGAUCUUUCAACCAAGAAAAUUGUGAAUCUCACUGCAGUCGGUGAAUAAUGAUAUGUUUGUAUUUGACUCUGAUCAUCCCUUGAAAAGGUGCUUACUGCCAACAGACAUCUCUAUCUACAUUUAUAUGAAAGAUCUUCUUCAGCACCUUGAAGCUUAAAUAGUAUGGCGCUUCCACACAGUCCUGUUCAAAGACUUUUAUUGUUACCAGUCAUACUUCUUAGUCUGCUGGGUUCUGGCAAUGGAGGCGCCUAUUAUGGAAUGAAACCAUUACCUCCUCAGAUUCCACAAUACCAGCCUAUGGGACAACAAAUGCAUCAUAUGCCAAUGGGAAAAGAUGGCACACCAAUGGGGCACAUCGGAAAGGAGAAGGCACACAUGCCACAUUAUGGAAAAGAUAUACCACAGAUGCCAAUGUUUGGUAAAGAUAUGAAGGCGAGAAAAGAUGGAAAAGAACUUCCAUUAUCUGCACGAAGAGGUGAUCAAGGCCCAUCUGGUGAACAAGGACCAAGAGGCCCCCCAGGCCCCCCUGGACCACCAGGGCAAGGACUGCCAGGACCUAAAGGAAAUCCCGGUCCAGCUGGUCCACCAGGAUAUCCCGGAAUUGGCAAGCCAGGAAUGCCAGGCAUGCCAGGAAAACCAGGAGGUAUUGGAAUACCAGGCCCAAAAGGAGACCAGGGUCCAAAAGGAGAAUUUGGACAAAAUGGACAGCCAGGGCCCCAGGGGGCACCUGGGCCUGCUGGACUAGCUGGUAUUGGAAAACCAGGUGAACCAGGUUUACCAGGACUUCCAGGACCAAAAGGGGAACCUGGAUUUAAAGGACCAUCAGGAUAUCCUGGAAUUGCAGGCCCAAAAGGAGAAAAGGGAUUCGGUAUACCAGGAUUACCUGGGCUUAAAGGUCCUCCAGGAUUACAAGGACCACCAGGCCAAUCUGGCUUACCUGGUAUUGGUAAACCUGGUAUGAAUGGCUUCCCUGGACAAAAGGGUCAUCCUGGUAAUCCUGGGUUGCAAGGACAACCAGGACCAGAAGGACCUGCUGGACCACCUGGGCUUCAGGGUCCACCAGGACUUCCAGGUGUUGGAAAACCAGGCCAAGAUGGUCUUCCCGGUGAAAUUGGAUUACCCGGAGGCAAAGGUGAUCAAGGGCUUCCUGGUUUACCUGGAGCUCCAGGUCUUCCAGGAAUAGGUAAACCAGGUUUUCCUGGACUUAAAGGAGAUCAUGGUUACAGUGGACCACCAGGCCCCAUUGGACCAAAAGGUGAGAAAGGCCAUAUAGGUGAACCAGGCAUAGGAGGCCAACCAGGUGAGCCAGGUCCACCAGGUUUGCCAGGACCUAUGGGACCUCCAGGUGUUGCUGGAUUUACAGGACCCAAAGGAAAUCCUGGUAAUGGAGGUGCCGAGGGACCACGGGGAACAAAAGGUGAGCCAGGAAUUCAAGGUCUUCCAGGUAAAGAAGGAUUUCCAGGUGAAGUGGGGCCUCAGGGUUUGAGAGGUUUUCCAGGACCAAUUGGUCCUAAAGGAGAAGCUGGACACAAAGGUUUAACUGGACCACCUGGUGCACCUGGAUUGCCUGGGCCAAAAGGAGAAGUUGGAUUUCCUGGUGAACAAGGUGUGCAAGGACCAACUGGAAUACCCGGUCUUGCAGGACCAAGUGGUCCUAUUGGUCCCCCUGGACUUCCAGGGCCAAAGGGCGACCAAGGGUUACCAGGGGCACCUGGUCUACCUGGUGUUGGCAAAGUUGGUUUGCCAGGACCACAAGGUCCAAUAGGGCCUUCUGGAACAAUAGGACCCCCUGGACAGCGUGGCUUACCUGGUCCUCCUGGUCCACCAGGUGCACCUGGACUUCCAGCAGAAAUCCCACCGACACCACCCGGAAUGGGACAGUACCUACCAAAUAUUGGACCUGCAAUUGAUGGAGUAAAAACCCCAAAUGGUUACACAGGAAAGAAAGGAGGUACAGUUCCAGUUCUUGAGAUGCCAGCCUUUACAGCUGAACUAACCACUGCCUUUCCACCCGUAGGAGAACCCAUAAAGUUUGAAAGAUUACUUUAUAAUGGCAGACAAGGUUACAACCCGCUCACAGGCAUAUUCACUUGUGAAAUUCCUGGAAUCUACUACUUUUCCUACCAUGUCCAUUGUAAAGGUGCAAAUGUUUGGGUUGCAUUGUAUAAGAAUACCGAACCAUUGAUGUACACAUAUGACGAGUAUAAAAAGGGCUACCUGGACCAAGCCUCAGGAAGUGCAGUGGUCCCACUGAUGCCCGGAGACAAAGUAUAUAUUCAAAUGCCAUCAGAUCAAGCAUCUGGACUCUACGCCGGGCAGUAUGUCCACUCAUCAUUCUCUGGAUAUUUAUUGUAUCCAAUGUGAACAAAAUUUAGUAGAAACUCUUAAAUUAAAAUUGCUUGUACGUUUUUUUUUAUAUUGGUAAUAACUGCCUUAAAACACUGCUACCAGUGGCAAAACGUUGCUAAAUGGUAUGUUUGUGGCCUGAAGGCAAUGUUGGACCAUCCUUUACCACGGCUAAAUCUUUUAUUGUACUAUGCACAUUAUAUACAGAGUGAAGACUUUUUUUACAUUGAAUUAAGGUCUGGUGAUACCCUCUAUGAAAUAAGUGUCCUGGCACAUAUUGCACAUACAGAUCAAAGCAUUAACGCUGAAAUAAUUUCAACUACAUUAUAAUUAUUUGAAAUUAAUAUAUUUUAUUGCAUAGUUUACAGUUAGAUUUCUGGAGAAAA